CACUUAGCCUACUGUUUACUGUUUAAAAAAAAAAAAAGAAUAACUUUGUCGGGGAAUAAAGACCUAGGGUGACUAUCUGUUAAAAGACAGAUUUUCUGCUAUUUGAAACACAUGCUAAAUAUUUUUCAAACAUAAGUACGGUGUUUUCAGGUGCAUGUAAUGUGUGGGUCAAGGUGCAAGUGAGCUGGUAACUAAAGCAAAGCUAUGAAAACCACUUCCUCUUGAUGCUUCUGGUUGUUAGAGCUGCAACCUGCUGAAAGGCAUUCAAUAAUCUGUCACUACCUGUUCAUGAUCAACCUAUCCACUGUGGAAAUAGAGAUGGAAGAACACUGAACUCAGAAGUAUUAAAUGUGUUGCAGUUACUUCCAACACUUUUAAAGCAAUUUCACUGGGGGGGGGGAAAAACUGUUAAUGGAUUUUUGCACUUACUAUUCUUGUCUCUAUCAUAAUUGUGAUUAUCUGCAAUAUUUGCUGCCGACCACAGUGGCUUACUCAUGAUUUUAAGGGGCAGGGGGGGAAAAAAGGCACAAUUGCACAAAAGCCAGUGUCAUGGCAAUGCAUGUGUGUUCACUGCUUAAUACACUGCCAUGAAAGAGGAUAUUUCAUUGAGUUUUUCUGAGGGGCAUCAAAGAAAUCAGUCUUUUAGCACAUCUUAAACGUACACCUCUAUUUUCUGUCAUGUGAUCUGAAAACGUAUUGGAUUGGCAACACUUUGCUACUUUUUUUUUUUUUCCCAGAUGUUUCACCUCACUAAGCCAGAACAAAUGAACAGUCUGGUCUGUAGCCUAUAUUUAAUGGAUAUUGCUUAAAGACCUACUUACUUUGUGCAACAUAUACAUCUUAAGCAGAUUUACUGUUUCUGAAAUGAUAUCUCCAUAUCCUCAAUUAUAUUUAAAUGACUCCCUCAUAUUUAUUAAAGCAACACUCUGGCCUUUAGACAGAGUACAAAGCGGAAUCCAGAGAAAUCCAUUUGACCACUUUUUGUUAGGGAGUAUCUGUAUCAGUAUUCAUAAGCCUGUUACACUCGCCUUGUUGCUGGUCUUUUUUUAAAUUGGCUAAUUGCUCGACAAGUCCAAGAAAACAAAUGAAGGCAACACCUCCCUGAUAGCAAACAAACAAUGCGUUAUUUGGUAAUAAUAAUAAUAAUAAUAUUUAAUUUAAAAAAGCUUCAAGGCUAUGGUUAAGUCUGGCAUUGACUGUUGUUAAUUUAUGUUUGCUUAUAGGCCACUUUCCAUGUCGAUGAUAGACGGCUGUGCUAAAGACCAAAGCAGAAGACUUGGCAGUGAAGUAGGCUAAGUGGUAUUUCUUUAAACUGUCUCAGAAACAUCAUGCUACAUGAUUGAGAAGAUUUUUCUUUCACCGCAAGACUCCCUACGACACCUGAAGGCAACAGAGGCAGCCACUAAAUAACCGGACGGAAGGAGAAACUAGUAGUGCAUGGUCGUCUGUGUGCAGGAGGAGGAGGAGGAGGAGCCCGGGCUCCACCGCUCUGAUAACACACUGCUGCCUCGUAUCUGUUAUCUUCCGUUCCCCGCCGUCCGGGCAGCGGACCUCCUCCGGACCUCGACCAGGGUUUUAUUGAAUCCCUGUGAAACUUCAUCAAAAGCCGACGUGCUCCUCUAAUGGUUUCCCCGGGGAGACUCCCCGGCCACCACUCGACUUCACGGAAAAUAUCGGCCACCGGUUCUGGUUCUUAAAAAGUCAUGGAAACGUGGUUUUUGAAUCACGUCCUCAGUUUGUCUCUGUCGGUCCUCCUGGUGGGUCUACCGGGGCCCCUUGGUGGUGCGGGGACCCCCAGUAACAACAGCACGGACCCGGUGACGGCAGGAUUUUAUUUUUCAACCGGGGAGGAUGAACUCGGUAACAUGGAAAACAACGCAACUUCAUCCUCCAGCGAGACUUUAUCACCAUCACAGAGGAACAUCCUGCUCACACACACUGCUGCUGCUGCUGCUGCUGCUGGGAGCUCCGACACUGAGCAGACGCAGACCUUCACAGACACAAGCAGUCAAUCACUGGAGCCCAUCGUUCUGUCUACUGAGCCCCUCACCUCCACCCUUGUUGUAGCUACCACUGAGGCCAGCAGCAGCAGCAGCAGCAGCAGCAGCAGCAGGGACUGGAAAGACUCCACUAACACAGACCAGGUGCAAGACGCCUCCUCUGCUUGGUCCUGGAAGGACGCUCGAUCCAGGAUGUCUACAGAGGAGGACAGACUGCCCAGGGACAGUCCAGACACCACCCUCCGACUCGGAGACACCUCCACCACGCACACGGACAGCACCUUCACAUCAACCACCAUCGGCCGAGCUGGGGAGAGGACCUUGCUGUCUGUCACCUCCUCUUCCAGCAACAGUACCUCCUCUUUCUUUACAGAGGACGCCAACUCCGAUAGGCCUGUCUCUACUUCUGUCUCUAAUUCUGCUGAAACAGAGGACUACACACAAAAGGAGCCAUCCACCAGGACUGGCAGUGAAGACACAACAGACCAGCACAUGACCCACACCAUCAGGGGGAGGUUUUUAGAGACUGGGAGCCCAGGGUGGCCCAGAGAUAUCCAGAGUUUUAACAGACAACCCAAUAGCACCUGGCAUCAACAAAACUCGACAUCAGAGGACACCUCCGACUCAACACCACCUCUCAUAGUGACAGAGCCCGGCACUGAGCAAUCAGAAGUGUCGGUUUCCUCCUCCACUCCACCUCUCACCUCACCAGCUGAGGGUCUCACCAACAUUUCAGGGACAGAUCAGGAGUCGAGAUCAAGUGUCGAAACGUCCACUGAGUCCUCCACUGGAGCCCACAGCUCUACGGGCACUCAGAACCAGGAGGGAACUGAUGGGACAUCAUCCCAGACCAGAGAGCACAGUGUGAGCUGGGGUCUGACCACAGCGUCCCCCACUGUCACCAUCAGUACAUCGGAACUGGAUGACUCUCUGACAAAAACUCCAGCGCUGGUUACCGAGGUCUUCCUCACCACUGAACCUGUCACUGCCACAGAGAGAUCACAGAUAACAGAGGUAGACACUUUUAAAUCCACUGCCUCCACCUCCUCCUCCACCACCACUCCCACCCCUCUGCCCCCUGCUACCUCGUCCUUCAGGCUCCUAAGCACCACGAGCAGCUCUACUCCUCCAGAGUCAGCUACUGAGGCCACCAUCCCUCACACGAUACCCUCAACCACAGCCUCCAUCCUGCAGACCUCUGCAGCACAUCCAACUCAACGCUUGUCCCCCAGCUACACCCAGGGGCCCUCGACUGGGGUCACAAACCCCACCAACAUCACCAAACUGCAAGCAGAAACCAGCACUGUCACUCUGGGAGUCACCACAGUCCAAAGCCAACACAUCAGCCCCACCUACACCUCCAGCACACCAAGCAAGAGUACAGAGGCUGUGCAGACGACCGGGAGGCGAGCAGGGAGUGGAGCUACAGAGCUGAUGGUGACAACAUCCCCAACUGGCUUCAGCACCACCAAGGAACCACUUCUACCAAGAAACCCUUGUGUGUCAAACCCAUGUAUGAACGGAGGGACGUGUGUGAGCCAUAACAGGCAUCAAUUCACCUGCCUCUGUCAGCAGGCAUGGACAGGAGUCACCUGCAACCAGGAUGUGGAUGAGUGUGAAAGGGACCCCUGUCCUGUUGGGUCCAGAUGUUUGAACACGAGAGGUUCCUUCAGCUGUGAAUGUCCACUUGGCUUCGAUCUGGAGGACGGUCGCACCUGCACCAGAGCAAAGACAUUUCUGGGAACCUUCAGUAUAAACAGACAGCCGCAUGACCCUGUUGCUUUCAAGAGUGCCACCCUGCAUGAUAUCCAGAGAGAGAUCAUUCAGCUGCUCAAUUCUUCAUUGUCAGUCCUCCGAGGAUACAGUCGCUCAACGCUGAGCAGGAAGGGUGACGACGGGGUUCGUAUCAUAGCUGUCAACAUGUUUUCCAUUUCCACCGAAGUGACGAGUGCAGAGGUCUACAACAGCAUCCAGAUGUUUCUCAACAACUGCAGCUCCUCUUUGGCCCACUGCCGGAUGGUGCUGCACCACCAGCUCACAUAUCACCAGGACAGUCUGUGUGUGGCCCAGAAGACUCAGUGUGAUAAAGAGCGCUCUUCAUGCGCAGACAACAGCGGCACGGCCUUCUGCCAGUGUCUGCCAGGAUACUACAAACACAACCCUGAAGACCUGUCCUGCUUAGAAUGUGGGGAUGGCUACAAACUGGAAAAUGGCACCUGUGUUCCGUGCAAGUUUGGAUUUGGAGGAUUCAACUGUGGAAAUUUCUACAAGCUGAUUGCAGUCGUGGUGUCACCUGCAGGUGGCGCUCUGCUCCUCAUCCUCUUCAUCGCCCUUAUUGUCACCUGUUGCAAAAAAGACAAGAAUGACAUCAACAAGAUUAUCUUCAAGAGCGGGGACAUGCAGAUGUCCCCGUAUGCAGACUUCCCGAAGAGUAACCGCAUAUCCAUGGAGUGGGGGAGGGAAACCAUAGAGAUGCAGGAGAACGGCAGCACCAAGAACCUUCUACAGAUGAAUGACAUUUACUACUCUCCUGCACUGCGUAACUCAGACCUGGAGAGAAACGGCCUCUACCCGUUUACCGGUCUACCAGGCUCUCGCCACUCAUGCAUCUAUCCAGCCCAGUGGAACCCCUCCUUUAUCAGUGAUGAUUCACGAAGAAGAGACUACUUUUAACAGCCCCACCUUUAAUACACAAACACACACACAUAGAAACUCCCCAUCCCUUCUCCUAGCUCUGAUGAUGUGUCAUGAUGGGGGUCUUUCACAGCGUAAAUGCAAAUACAUUAGCACCACUGUUUUUUUUUUUUUUGGAGAGAACAUUUGACCAUCUCCGUUCAUGAUGCUACUGUGUGUGUGUGUGUGUGUGUGUGUGUGUGUGUGUGUGGGGGUGUGUGUGUGUGUGUCUGCACAUACAUGAACUUGCACAUUUUUGCAAGUGAAAUGUUUCCUCAGAGUGCUCCUGUGGGACCACUUCAGUGUUUUUGCAUGUUUUAGCUCAUUUACUCAAACACACACAUUACAAGCUGCUGGGAUGUUGAAGACUGUUUAAUGUGUAUUUCAGCCUGCCGGGCAGUCACCGAUUCCCAUUUACUUCAAUGUGUGAUGAAAAGCAAUUUGCAGAUCCUUUAAAUGAGUCUGAGGUCGUUGAUCCGUGACAGUAAACAUCAUAUCUGUCAUAUCAUAAAUGAUGUUGUUGCCGCCUGGUAAUGCAAUGCCUAAGAAAAAAUGUGCACUGCACAUUAAUGAAGGCAGAUGUGAUGCUUAUUGUGCCCAUGAAUAAAAGAGAGUUAUUGACUUGCCAAGGUUUGGGGGGAAAAAAACGCUUUUGAAUUAAUUUGAAAACAGCAGUUAAGCAUUGAAAUGGUCCUUCAAUUUCUGAACUUUAAAUGUGUGUGUCACUGUUGUGAUUUAAAAACAUAAAAUAUUGAGGGAACAAGACUUUUAACAGACCACUGACUGACACCCAAAGAACUGAUAUUUUUAGAAACUGAGGAAGGACUUUGAAUCCCGAUGCCAACGUUUAUUUAUUCCCUAAAUGUCUAAAUGGUUGACAUGUAGCAUGAUAGACAUCUCAUAAAUACACACUGAUAAACUGUACAUGGAUGAACCUGUGGCUUUAAAUGCACGAGUGUGUGUGUGUGUGUGUGUGUGUGUGUGUGUGUGUGUGUGUGUGUGUGUGUGUGUGU